AUGAGACGUUUCCCAGGGUCUGCGGGGUUAUUUUUAGCGUGGAAUGACUUUGACUCCUCGUUUGGUUCAGGGAACGAUGCGGCUUGCGAAAGCGGCUCGGCGGAGGCGCUGCUCCCUCCGCCGGGGCCACCGCUUCGGUUGUCGGGGCUGCUUGCAGGUACCGGCACCGGUGACCCAGUCAUCCAAAAGCGGCGACUGGGGGAGCGGCGGCCGCCCAAGCCCGGCGGAAGCAGCGAGCGGAGAAGCUACGGGGCGGUCGUGGAUCCGCAGUGGGCCAUCGCUGCGUGCUCACAUUCGCACACUGCGGAAACUGCGAGCUGUAGCACGACGUAUCCGCUACACGACGGGCGCUAUGUGCCCUCAUCGGGUGCUGGCCUGCGAGGAUCAACGAUGCCAACAACGAAGGAUAGAUCCAAUUGUUUGCAUGCGAUGCGGCAGUCGCGCUCCACCGAUUCGAUGGAGCGCGCUUUUGUUGGAUUCCAUUCCGACAGACGGCAAGAUGACCUGGCUCCCGUGGACGAAGCAGUCCUAUCUCAAGCUUCAACCGAGAGACUUGAAGGCAUCGCUGGGAAACGGAACUCGAAUAUGCCCGAUCUCUCGCUCUGUUCGCACUCUGAAACGGCACCCGGCAUCGACGCGGCGCCCGGGUACAUCAGCACCGACGAGAUACCAGAGCGCCAUGGCCCUGUACUGCAUCGUUGCAUUUGGGUUGAAGCGGUCCUCCACGGAGACUGCCCUGCGGAGAUUGCACAACACUCAAUGCUGGAGAUUCGGGCGAAAAACGGUACCCAGUGGCAGAGCAUCUGUCCUGAUCUUGAUCACGACCUCGAAGGCAGCCCAGCACAUGAAUGGCACACGACGCUGGCCCCAGAUCGGAAUACGCACCUGCGGCAUACCGCCUCGCAACCAGUUCACCAAGAUGCUCCGGAUGCGUCAUUUGCCAGGGUGACGAUUUUCGGCAGCGACGCACCAGCAUCGCCACCGCUGAGACAGACGGCGGCGGUGGCGCUGACCGCACGACACAGUCGCCCAAAGCAGCCUCGCGCUGCAGAGAGCCGGCUCCACGUACUCCGUAUACCCUGCGGAUGCCGCCUGGCAUCAAACGGCGUCUGCGAACUGGAGAUCUACCUGCAUAUGCGCAUCAAGGUGGCAUCAGAGACGCGUUUCGGCUGCACGCUGUUCGCUUUCGAUCAACAACGGACGCCCCUGGCAAGCCCUCACUUUGUGUAUGUCACCAUUUCUGGGGGAAACGUUACAGACCGGAACAACCCAAUCGGUCGUCUGCAGGUAACCUGUGAGCGCGCCAGCAACUGGAGCAGAGAGCGGAUGCGUGGAAUCCCCGAAGCAUCCUGGCAGCGCGCAACCUGGUUGCUUCCGACAUCACUUCACGAUCCAGUCACCGCGGGGCUCUCGCAGGCGCCCAAUGAAACGGAGCUCGCCGCACCGCUCGACAUGUUCGAUGUCUUCUGGAGACCUGCGGCGAACUGCGCUCUCGCAGGGUCUCCAUCUCGAGCCUCUUCGCAGCCUUGCCCGAGGAGCGUCAAACACGCUCCCGAUGCUCCGGUACACCCGCGCAGGGCAUCCGGUGUGAACGCUGCCGCUCUCGGUAUCGAGAGCGAUGCUCCAUUCCAGAGUUGCUGUGCGCUGGAGGGCGCCAGCGCCCGCGCAGCAGCCUCUCGAGUGAGUCCAGUUACAGACGCCUGGUCCAGCGUUGAACAAGCAGAAACGUAUGCACUGUGGUCUUUUUCGCUGGACUCUUUCGAGCCAGUUGCCGCUGUGGAACCGAGGUCUUCGCUAGCGACAGAGCAGCUUGUCGCUGAACGUGAAUGCUGCCCCCUGGAAAAGCCAGAUUUCCCGGGCGUAGGGGUUGCAUGCAAGCCACCAUCAGCCACUAGUCCGCACUCGUCGGCGAGCGGAACGCCCGGACACGCUUCCAGCGAUUCACAUGGCAUUGAUUCGCAGCCUGCAGUGGACCCGGACACAGCGCAGGCUUUUGCCCGGGUUCGUGAACGAAUUCGUGGCAAAUCGAAACGUUUCACGCUCUACGCAAUCACGCUCUCCGACUUGCGCUCUUUCUUUCAUUUGCCCCGUGACGUGGUGGCUAGGCAUCUUGGAAUCUGCGUGACGCUCCUCAAAAAGAUUGCUCGUCGCAACGGUAUUGCACACUGGCCGUAUCGUCGCCUCAAAACGCUUCGGAGCAAAAUCGCGGCGCUUGAGGUUGAGCUUCAGCUCCCAAGUGUUGUUGAUCGAAACGGUCGCGCACUUUGCCGUCAACUCCAGCAGCUGCGCCAGCGAAUGCAGCAGAUUCAGGGUAAUGGUGCGGUCUCCGAUGACGCGCUACCAGCAUCCUAG